GGUGUCCGACACUAGAGGCUCAUUCCGCCGCUCGGCUCCGGUGUUGUUGUGGUUAGCUGGAGGUUAGCCCAUGCUGUCUGCUGUAGCCGGCUGUUACGGUGAUGGCUCUCCCAUGAGGCGGGGGAACGGGGCUGUGCUUUCUGGUUAAACGCCGACAGAGGUGCCGUGGCCAUGGCCGGAGUGUUCGACAUCGAUCUGGAUCAACCGGAUGAGAAUGUUUCUGACGACGAGCUGGAGGACGGGGGUCAGCUCAGUGAAUACAUGGACCAGUGCAGCAGCUUUGAAUUUAACAUGGAUGACUGUGAGAAGUUUGAAAUUUCAGAGAACAGCGUGAACAAGGGAACAGAGCAGAUCAGGCCUGAAUGCUUUGAGCUGCUCAAAGUGUUGGGGAAAGGUGGCUAUGGAAAGGUGUUUCAAGUUCGGAAGGUGUCCGGUGCCACAUCUGGGAAGAUAUUUGCUAUGAAAGUUUUGAAGAAGGCCAUGAUUGUGCGUAAUGCAAAGGACACAGCACACACCAAAGCUGAGAGGAACAUUCUGGAGGAGGUGAAGCAUCCUUUCAUCGUGGACCUCAUCUAUGCCUUCCAGACAGGAGGAAAACUGUACCUUAUCCUGGAGUAUCUGAGCGGUGGGGAGCUGUUUAUGCAGCUGGAAAGAGAAGGCAUCUUCAUGGAAGAUACAGCAUGUUUCUACCUGGCUGAGAUCUCGAUGGCAUUAGGUCAUCUGCACCAGAAAGGCAUCAUCUAUAGAGACUUAAAGCCAGAGAACAUCAUGCUCAACAACAACGGACAUGUGAAGCUGACAGACUUCGGUCUUUGCAAGGAGUCCAUCCAUGAUGGAACGGUUACCCACACCUUCUGUGGCACCAUUGAAUACAUGGCUCCAGAGAUUCUAAUGAGGAGCGGACAUAAUCGGGCUGUGGACUGGUGGAGUCUGGGAGCUCUCAUGUACGACAUGCUGACAGGAGCACCUCCGUUCACUGGUGAAAACCGAAAGAAGACGAUUGACAAAAUCUUGAAAUGCAAACUCAGCUUGCCACCUUACCUCACACAAGAAGCCAGGGACCUCCUGAAAAAGCUGCUGAAACGAAAUGCCUCGUUGCGACUCGGGGCUGGACCAGGAGAUGCUGCUGAAGUCCAGGCCCAUCCAUUCUUCCGUCAUAUAAACUGGGAUGACCUCCUCGCUCGCAAAGUAGAGCCUCCAUUUAAACCAUUUCUGCAAUCUGCUGAUGAUGUCAGCCAGUUUGACUCCAAGUUCACCAGCCAGACUCCAGUGGACAGUCCUGACGACUCCACGCUCAGCGAAAGUGCCAACCAAGUCUUCCUGGGUUUCACAUAUGUAGCCCCAUCUGUGCUUGAAAACGUCAAAGAGAAGUUCUGUUUCGAGCCAAAGGUCCGCUCACCGCGGAAGUUCCCAGGAAGUCCGAGAACACCUGUGAGUCCGGUGAAGUUUGCACGAGGGGACUGCUGGCCCCGGGGGCCCUCACUGACCGGCAGCCCAUCCCUGCUGUCCCCGAGCAGCUCUGUGGACCAACCCAUGGAGGUGUCGACAGUGGAGCAAAUGGACACGAGCAGUAGUGGCAACUCCGAGGCCUCUGCUCCGCUUCCCAUCAGGCACCCUUCAGGCAUCAAUGCAGGGCCGUACAAAAAGCAGACCUACCCCAUGAACUCGAAGCGGCCCGAACAUCUGCGGAUGAACCUAUGACACUCGGCCUGCCUGCGAACAUUAGCUCUCUUUCAAUUUCUCCUCCUCUUCCUUUGUAUUGUUUCUUUCAAAGAGACUUGUAGAAAUUUUUAAGAAACUGACUGACACUGUCAACGCCGAUCACCAGCUCUUCCAGCAGCGCCUUCCCCUCCUUGGCCUCCCAAAUCUUCCUGACUCAGCCUGGCCUCCUCAGCUUGCCGCAGAUAAUCAGCAGUUUAAAUGAACAACCGAUCAGUCAGCAGAGAGACGUGAGGGAGUAGCUCCUCAAUGAAGGUCUGUGUGAUGGUUGACUGAGUAAUGCCACCUAAUCAGUGGGCUGAGGUGGUUUCAGUGGACUCGACUGGCAUUAUCAUCUGAUUUACUGGUGCUCUUCUAUCUUCACGUCUGGGAAGUGUUACUUGUAGUGUUACCUCCAUCACAGUGAGACAGUCUAUGGUUAUAAAGGACGUUUGUUUCUAUCUCAACCGGUCUGUCUUUCUUGAAAUGAUAAGAGCGUGCAGGUUACACGGUCAGUAGGUAGAUUAAUUGGAUUGCAAUUCCCAAAUGAACACAGUAUUCCUUUCUACUUAAGGGAAACAGUCGCAUUGCCUUUGUCACUGGAGCGCGGGUAGAGCACGACCAACAGAAAAGCAGCUAUAAAAAGACUGAAGUGAAGUUUCAGCCGAGAGCAUCACUUCCACCACAGUCGGUACCAAAUGCUGGCACUGCUUUCCUCCUCUGACUGGAAUGUUUUCUGUAGGAGGCCUGUCCACAAGCACUGUUCAGUUUUUUUAUGUCGAAUGUAAACAGACUCUAAAAGCCUUUAUGUGUGUCGCUUUAAUCUCCCACACUCCUUUUUUCAGCUCUUGCAGUCUCAUGGCCACCAGCAUGGGUUGAGACCAACACGCAUGUCGACUCAUAACACUCUGAGCCAGAAUAGUGUCACUGCCUUUUACUGAUUUCGGCUGCGUUCACGUCUCGGCUGCUGUGGUGCUUUCAGUAUGCUGUUUGUGCAUUUACACUUCCAUGGCUCUCAGUGUUAGAGGGGGAUAAACCCAGAUGUGAGUGGACCAUCGACUGAAACCUGUUUGAUUUGAGAUGUUUGACCUGUUUGUGUGAUGUGAAGCUGCUAUAUGAGCCUUGGAGUCAAGCCAUUCCACACUCAUCUUAAAACUGACCACACGGUCGGAUGCAGGUUCCUACGAUGCUAUGACGGUAGCUCAUGUUUGAGAGGUGUCUUGCUUUCCAAAUACUUGGAGUUUAAUGAACUGACCAAAAGCACUGUUUCAAUGGAGUUUUUCUUUCUUUUUUUUUUGCUGGUAAACCAACAAACCUUAGAAAACAACAGUAGAAGUGUGUAACUGAAUUUUCUGAGGACAACACGGUUCAAAGGUCAAACAUGUUUGGUUGGUAUCGUAGUUUUAAGAGGACUGGCUUUAUUUUCUACACCAAUGCUUAACAUGUGCUUUUCAGUCUUUUCCUUACUGUAGAUGAAGCUCGUGUGAGCAGAUAUCGAGGUUGCAAUAUGGGUCAGUGCCAGACUGGAUUGAGUGUCUUCCAUUCUGACACAACUGCUGUGUUGAAGAGCAUUCACUCCACUUUUCACUCCACUUUCUUUAUAUUUAUUUCAAGUGCCAUUGUGGUUCCACUGCAUUGUCCACACUAUGCAAACUGUAUUUAUUAUGUAGUAUUAUUUAGAUAAGGCAGCAGAAUGUGUGAUAAUUUGAUUUGACUUCUUUUGUCAUAAGAAUAAGCAUGUACUGUAUAAUUUUAUUUCCACAGAACAUGUCUUACAACUUCCAAUGCAGCUUUUUCAUACAUAUAUAUUCCAAAAUUGGCCUGACUGUCUUACAGUAUUUAUUUUAUGGCAUAAUAUCACAUUCAGUGAGAGUGCUUGUUUGCCUGUAUGUAGCCCUGUGAUGGACUGGUGACCUGUCCAGGGUGUCCCCUGCCUUCACCCUAAGUCAGCUGGGAUAGGCUCCAGCCUCCCCGGUUACUGUAAUAAGGAUUAAGCGAUGGAUGGAUGGUAUCACAUUCAGAGAGGAUUUUCAGACACUUGCCUUGCAAAAAACUUGAACUUCCGUUUUUCUAUUUGCAGUGCUCAAAGCAAGGAUAGCGUAUUAUGAAAAAAAAACUGAUGCAAAAACCAGUGGGAAUGGCAUUGUGCCUUUGCUGACAGAGUACAUAAUGUAUGUACAGUUUGCUGUAUAUAUAAAAAAUGUGUGGAAAACUUUGGGAUAGAUCCCAAACAUUCACGUCAUAUUAAGUCCGAUAAGUCUCUUUAGGAUGUGCAUUUCUUUACACCACCGUUUUAUUGAGAUAUGAUUGAAGUGGGAUCAUUUGUGUGGGAUCACUGGGUCGGUAAACAAAAAAUCUGUUUACUUCUGUUCAGGUAUGCUUGAGAGGCAUCCUCCAAAAACCAUCUUGCUGAGCUUACUUCAUCUGGUGAACACAUCUUUUGAGCAGAAAGGAUAUUUUAAUCACUGGUGGGCGUUGGAUAUCAUUUAUUUCUGUUGAUGUGUCACUUCCACAUCUGUCCCUUCAGAUGGGACUGCUAUGCUGUAUCAUGUACAUACGGAAGUCAAAAUAAAAUUUAAACAAAAAUA